UUUCCUUCGGCAGUUUCUUUGUUUUUCCAUCUCUCGCCCGCUGCCCGUGAUCUCUAUCAUACGGCGGCUGGCAAUUUUUAAAAACAUUUUUUUAAUGAUGGCGGAGGACAGUGAAUCCGCGGCCAGUCAGCAGAGCCUGGAGCUAGACGACCAGGACACCUGCGGGAUAGACGGAGACAACGAAGAGGAGAAUGAGCAUAUGCAAGGGAGUCCAGGGGGGGAUCUGGGGGCCAAGAGGAAGAAGAAGAAGCAGAAGAGGAAGAAAGAGAAGCCAAGCUCGGGGGGAGCCAAGUCCGACUCUGCCUCUGACUCUCAGGAGAUCAAGAAUCCUGGCUUGCCCAUUCAGAAGCUGCAGGACAUCCAAAGAGCCAUGGAGCUUCUGUCGUGCCAGGGUCCAGCGAAGAGCAUCGAUGAGGCAACCAAGCACAAGUACCAAUUCUGGGACACCCAGCCUGUGCCGAAGCUAAAUGAGGUGGUGACGAGUCAUGGGCCGAUAGAAGCAGACAAAGAAAACAUUAGACAGGAGCCAUAUUCCUUACCUCAAGGCUUUAUGUGGGACACUCUGGAUCUCAGCAAUGCUGAUGUACUGAAGGAGUUGUACACAUUGUUAAAUGAGAAUUAUGUGGAGGAUGACGACAACAUGUUCAGAUUUGAUUAUUCACCAAACUUUCUCAAAUGGGCUCUGCGUCCACCUGGCUGGUUACCACAGUGGCAUUGUGGAGUGAGAGUGUCUUCAAAUAAGAAGCUUGUGGGCUUCAUCAGUGCCAUCCCUGCAGAUAUACGCAUCUAUGACACACUGAAGAGGAUGGUUGAAAUCAACUUCCUGUGUGUCCAUAAGAAGCUGCGUUCAAAGCGCGUUGCUCCAGUGCUAAUCAGAGAGAUCACACGGAGGGUGAACUUAGAAGGAAUAUUUCAGGCAGUAUACACAGCAGGAGUGGUGCUGCCUAAACCUGUGUCCACAUGCAGGUAUUGGCAUCGUUCUCUGAAUCCCAGAAAGCUUGUGGAAGUUAAAUUCUCCCACCUGAGCAGAAACAUGACUCUGCAAAGAACCAUGAAACUCUACAGACUACCAGAUAGCACCAAGACCCCAGGUCUGCGGCCGAUGGAGAGGCGUGACAUACGCCAGGUCACCGAGCUGCUACAGAAAUACCUGAGACGUUUCCAACUUGCACCUUCUAUGGGAGAAGAGGAGGUGGCUCACUGGUUCUUUCCACAGGACAACAUAAUUGACACAUAUGUAGUAGAGGGUGCUGGUGGUGUACUGACAGAUUUCGCUAGUUUCUACACUCUGCCCUCAACCGUGAUGCACCACCCUCUCCAUAGGAGCCUGAAGGCUGCUUACUCUUUUUACAACGUUCAUACACAAACCCCACUACUGGACUUAAUGAAUGAUGCACUGAUCCUGGCCAAACUGAAAGGUUUUGAUGUGUUCAAUGCCUUGGAUCUAAUGGAGAAUAAGGUGUUCCUGGAGAAGCUCAAGUUUGGCAUAGGAGAUGGAAAUCUGCAGUAUUACCUCUACAACUGGAAAUGUCCACCUAUGGACCCCGAUAAGGUUGGCCUCGUCCUUCAGUAGCAGGUCUCUUCACGGCUGCUACACAAACACUGAUCAAGAGGUCGUCAGUGACCUCUGGCUAUUCCUUACCUGGACAUACAGGUAGCCCAAGCUAGACAAUGAGAACUACAACAGUAAAACCAACCUGGAGACUGGGAGGCGGUUCACCCGUCAUCAAGAACAUUCUCAGUUCACCUGGAGGUGAAAACUCUUAAAAUCAUCAACAUCCUGAAUGUGAAGUCAUGCUAUGCCUGAGAUACUCAUACAGUACAAUGCUCCUGACAUGCACACUCACAUUUAAAACAGUCUGACAUACAAGAGGAUGCCUUGACAUUGUGAAUUUUGUUUAGUUCUUCUUCCUCAGCAGACACGUCGUUACAAGAGACUGGCAUGUCAUUUAAUUUUCGCUGACAUUGAACUAUGUAAAUGAUAAUCAACAAGUAAACAUGACCACAAAAACAAAAAACUGCACACUGGCAGGGUCUUAAAGGCAGUGGAAGAGUUAUUAUUCCCGUCCCGUCUCCUAUCAUUGUGGUCAGAAGUUGUUUCUGCUGGCUGUUUCGAGCCUCGGUAGAAUUAGAAAUGCUAAGGACGUGUUUCUGUGAUAGCUGACGUAUAAAGGAAGAAACUUGUUAAAAUAACACACAGAAACACAAACACUGUCAAAUAACACACACACAUACACACACACAAAGGAUAUCUUCAUGGAAGGACUCAUCCAACUGGUGCAUUGAUAUACAUGUUUUUUUUUGUUAAAGAUAUAUAGUUACCUGUACAUUUAAAGCCAGAUCAUAUUUAUUCCUGUAGUGUGAGUUUGGGGUUCGGGAGGGCUGAUCCAAAGUAUUUCCUCAUACGUAGUUGUAGAUGUCACUGAGUUUGUUCAGACAACGUGGGUUUAAGUGGUUUUUGAUGAAGAAUGUAUUGCAUCAAUGAAGCACAAUUUUUGAGUUCCUAAACAAGCAAAAGGGUCUUUUUUUUUUUUUUUUUUAAAAGGGUCAGAUUUCAAAACCGAUGGGUUGCGGUACAAACUGUACAACCUUGGUUUCUGCAAAGGAUGUGAGCUGUUUUCUCUUAUAAAGCUGUUUCUAGAGUCGGUGUCUUUAACAGAACAUCUGAACAUGCUGUUUGGUUACAUUCACAGUAACAAACACACCUUAGGGUCGUCUGUAUUGUGUGUUUAUUAAUUAAAUUAGAGGCAAAAGCUGAAAAAAACGAAGGAUGGCACACUCAGUGCACACUGCAGGGCAGCGAGAAUUACAGCACCAAAGGCUGGAAAACAACAAAAUGCCAGUUAAACUUUAGCCGCUGUGGACUUAAUUGAAAUUGUUUGUUUUCUCUAGUCUUGGUUUCGAUCUUGAGACCCUUUUUACAGCAUAAAAAAGGCUCUCAGUUUAAAUCAGCCAAAGUAGUUUUUUUCCUUGUUAAUUAAAGUCAUUGCCACUCAGAGAAAAUACCACUUACUAAUUUCUGUUGCAAAAACAGUGAAUGAGAUGCUCAUGAAGUACAACACUGGAUGUUUCUCUCAUAAAUACACACGUAACCAUCGAUUCUGUCACUUGCAGUCGGAAGUUAUUUGUGUUCCUAAUCAAACUCUCAGCUGAAUAAAACAAAGAAUUGAGCACAACAUCACAGUGUCUGAAGAAUAAUUUAGCAUCAGCAUGUAUUCAGAGUGCAGUGGCUGAAUAAGCAAACAGCCUGUAUCAGCAACCACAUCAGUUUGAAAUUUGAGCUUUCCCUGUUUCUUCAGGUCCAUUUUUACUGACUUCUCUGGAUUUUUUUCUUAAAUGGUACUGUAUUUGUGUGUCUGAAAAAUAUACUGUGGGUCAUUUUUUAGUGUGUUGUGCAGCUAAAUGCGUGAAAUUCUUUGAACAGUUCUGAUAUUUAUAAUUGUACUUUGCAAGAUGUCUUAAGACAUAAUUCCUGUCCUUUUUCUUUCCAGUAUUUCCCUAAAAAAUUCCAGUUAAAAAGGCAACUUCAAAACAGAUUUUUAAGGGUUUUAAGUCCCUGUGCUCAGCUGAGCAGGAAGAGGAUCUUUGAUAAUGAUGAUGAUGCUGCUGGUGUACUCAAAGGUUAAAAAUGUUUGUUUUUUCUGAGUUUGUUACUUUAUGUUUGAUGUUCCUGUUCAUGUGGCUCUGCAUAACUUAAGAGGUAGAGACUGCUGCCAUUUCUGUCCAUUUCUCUGUAUGUGAUGUAAUUUUCCUCUCAUCCCUUUAUAUAUUCGCAAGAAAAGGACAACCAAUGGACGGUCAGUGCUUCAGGGUUCAAAGAUUUUUAUUUACUUACUAUUGAAAGGUUGAAUGAGUUACAUUCACAAAGACAGACGUUACCGGCAUUAAUUUAGCACUGAAACUGGGUUAUUGAGUCUACGGUGUGCCUCAUGGAUGUUGGUUGUGUCACAGAUGUGUUGCCUGCAGCUGUUUGAAUGAACUUUGAGCAUGUCAGUUCUGCUGCCGUGUUGAUUUUACUUAGCCACACCCUUUAGUGAGAACUCAACCCUAAGUACCUGCCUUAUUUAAAAGAUGUUUUUUCUUUUUUAAUUAAGAUUUGGGGUCGGGUGGGUAUACUUUUGAAAUGACAUACAGCUUUCUCUAACUGAAGAACAAUAUUUUUAUUCAAAUCCAUUGUAAGCUGUGAAAAAGCUGAAGAACUUGUACCAGCAUCAUUUAGACAUGACCCCAUGCAAAUAACAAUCUGUUUCAACACACACGUCAGCUAUACCAGCAUGGAUAUUUGAUUGAAUAAACUCACUUGAAAAAGGAA